AUGGCCAAUCACCAGGAAGAGGACGAUGAAGAAGAUGAUGUCAAUCCCGUGGUCUUUGACCCCAACAAGGCUGCCUAUCUCGAGAAUUUGAAACGGCAGAUCAAUCGAGCCCAGCAAACCCGCCUUCAGCAGAUUCCAGGCUAUGUUCAGGGCCCCGUCGGCGACGUGCCUGGUCCUGAUGGCGACCAAGAUCACGACUAUGCCUGCUAUUAUGAUUAUCGCCACGACAUCGACUCUGACGAUGUCAGCAGCACGGACAGGGACAGAAAGCGAAGUCACACCCCUUACACCUUGGAUUCGGCUUCUCGCACCUCCACCGUGUACCAGGUCAAGUGCACUUGGGGUGGGCAGGGCACGCCCCCUCUGUCCUCUCGUCUCAACGACUUCAUCGCAUACAUGAAAGAAUGCCACCUGACCCAUGCGCCAUCCGCCGCUCUGCCAUUGUCCCUGCUGCCGGCAGACGACUACGCUGCGUCCGAGAUGCUCAAGUACUACGCUAAGCGUCCGGAAGACCGUCAGACGAAGCCUGUGCCUGAUCUGAACCCCGUCAACCCCAAGCUCAUUGAUCUGGCCUAUUCCAACCCCCUCGUCCUGCAGCUCAUCAUCGCCCAAAGGGCCAACCAUCGCCCGGUGUCUUCCGCCAUGUUGCCGACCGGCGAGAGGGCCGAAAACUUCUACGCUGCUGUCAUUGCCGAGUUCGGACCCGUGAUUGACAGUUACCUGGCUGGAAACGAGCAGGAUAUGCUUCCACUCACCCUGGGAAGCCUGGUCAUCUCUCUCACCGAGAGGGCCCGGCUUGAUAAACGCGGCCAGGCUCAUAACCAUCCAACGGCAGCCAAGAGCAUCUUGAAGACGCUCCUGACCCUCCCUCAUGAGGAGAUGUGCAAAGAGAUUCCGCCCGUCUUGUUGGAGUACUAUAUGCACGCUGCAUGCUUUGCCUGUGUUGCAGCCGAUGUCACCAAGGCCAAGUCAAUUCCAUUCAUGAGCGAGGCACUUCGAAACGCCGUCGAUGACCUGGUCCAGGAGAGAUACGUAGGCAAGCUCUGCGGGACUUGGCUACCGAUCAUGGUUGUCGUGCAGAGCACCUUUGAGCUAGGAAUGGAGAUGCGGCCGUUUGCAGAUGACGCGUCGGAUGCCCCCGUGGGCGGUCCCUCCACUGGCUACAUGCCCAACCACUUUGUCACCUUUGGGCAAAUCCAAGAGCGCCUCUUCAGGUUCAAGCCUCACAAAGACCCCCGCUGCGAAAGCGUCGAGGCGGCCACGCUGUUCAGGAACGCUGCCAUGCUGUAUCUCUGGAGUCUCCUGGAAUGGCCGCACGCCUCGACGCCCCCGGGAUCGUAUACCAACUUCAUGGAGAGCGCUUACAGAGACGCGCUCCGGCAGCUGAGUCGCAUCUCGGAGAUUUCCAGCAUCAACAAAGUUCUAUGCUGGCCCUUGCUCAUCGUUGGGUGCUUCGCCAAGACGUCGCACGUCAAGGGCAUCAUCACAUCGCGACUCCUCAGCAUCGCGGGGCGCUUCAAGGUCGGCAACGCGCUCGAGACCCUCUUCGUGCUGCAGCACGUCUGGACCCUGCCUUUUGACAGGCGCAACCCCUGGAUGGUCCACAAGUCCAUUCGCCAGACCGAGUGCUGCGGAAGCGUAUGUGCUGAAUGCAUGACUCGAUUGUUUAUUUGA